ACUCUUCUAGAUAUGGUACAGGAGCUAGGAGCGUCAAAAGUGAGCAGCUCCAGUACCUUCAGUCUGCCUGAAGGUAUUACCCUUCCCCUCCAAUCUUUGGAGGAUGUUGAAGGGUUAGAAAAAGAGUUGAGACAACAGACUGUUCUCAACAACAUGGUCAACUACCUGUCUUUGAUUGGCGGGAAAAACACACCAGAUAUGGUCAGGCGAAUUCUGAGCCAUGUAAUCAAAAGCCGUUUGGCAGAGAGUUACAACUGGUACGGAAAGAAAGGAAAGCUUAAAUUUGGAUCGUUGAAAAUAGCGGAAGUGAUUUGUAAGGCAGUGCAGAAGACCACACCAGGAACAACCACAGCAGAGGUCGAAUUUAUAACUAGAGAAUGGUUGAGGACAGCCAAAGACCGUGAGGGAGGUCGUAAAAAUAGAAAGGCAGCCACAAAUACCUCGAGUGAAAAUUUAGAAAACUGAGAUUUCAAAACUGUCCUCCAAAAAAGAUACAUAAUUAUACUUACAUGGACUGAUAAAACAUGAGAACAUUCAUUAGCAUUUAAAUACUGUUUUACUAGUUAUGCACCAUUUAUUUUCUCUCUUUUUUCUGUAAAUCACCAAUGUGAAAGCUUUGAUAAAGCAUGUGGAAAAAAUCAUUGAUUUAAAAAUGUUAGUAUCAUGAAAUAUUGUGGGUCCCUUGCACUGACAGAAGUAGAUGUAAAUUUUUAUUUCAAAGUAUGUUUCCUUGAAAUAUAGAGGAUGUAGAAUGAGUAGGUUUUAUACUAAAUUUAUUGAACAAGUUGAAUAAAAUCAUUAUGCGAGCAUAAUAUUGUUUUAUUCAACGAGUUCAAUAAAUUAAGUAUUGAAUCUACAAAAAUAUAAUAUUCUAUUUAUCACAUAUUCAAAAAAAGAAAAGUUUAUUGUAGUGCUGUCAUAGAUUCAGUGCAAAGCAUAUUGACGAUACAUUGAUAUCGGCUGACUAAAUAUUGGCAUUACACCAAUAUAUCUAAAAAUACUCUUAUUUUCUUGUAUAUAAUACUUUUUCAUACCUGUUUAAAUGAUUUUAGUAAAAUAGAUAGGUUGUGUACCUUUGCAUGAUUUUUUUCUGAUUAUAUUUUGUCAUAACUGCUAUGAAAUGUGUCCAUUAUGGAGCAACAGCUUAGUGUUAGACACGGCCAUCUGCUUUUGUGUAUCUUUUUAGUGAAUUUUCAUUUUUUAUAGACCUUUAAACAAUCAAUUUUUUUCAAUUUUGUAUUGAUUAUUGUUCGACAGAAAAAUAUCAAUGAUACAUCGAUAUUGUCUCUAUCGAUGACUGCUCUAGUUUACUGUUGCUUUAACGCCAUGUUUAUAGAUAGUGCAAAUGUGUCCCAUAAAAUUGUUAUUACACUAGUGUAAUAUCGGUUUUAUUAAAUGGCUUUAUUACACUCCUGUGCCGCGGUUUAUGUAAUAAGAGACAAGAGGUUCUGUAUUUAAACUUUAUUUUUGUACUUGGACACACACACAAAUAGUUAUUUUGCAGCAAGUAACUAUAUAGCUUUUUUGUUCCAGCUUGUUUUUCAUUUGAGUCAAAUAUUUAUGCAUUUGUUUUCAUAAUGUAAUAAUUAUUACCAUGUUUUUUAUUGCUUAAAAUGCCAACCAGUAUUAAAUUUUACAAUGAUUAACUUGUUUGACACUCUCUAUAUAUUUUAUUUUGUUGAUGAUUUAAUAUGUUUUACAUCAGUCUUGUGCCAAAUUUAUUAUAUGUUAUUCUUUGUGCCAAUUAAACUCAUUAUUAUUCAAUUUGAAAGUCAUUGAUUUUUACAUUCAAUGUUUCUCCAGAUACAAAUUAAAUACCAACCAUAAAUUAAUUGUAAGGUUUGAAGAUAUUUAUUUUUCAAGUUUUUAAAUUCAGUAUUUUACCAUCUUGCUUGGAAAUUACACUCUUACAUAAAUAGUCUAAUCACAAGUUCAUAUUGAUGUAUUUUUAUCUUACGGAUAUAAAUAUUUGUAAAAUCUGCAUAAUUGAAUUAUAUAUUUGCAUGACAUAUCUUUUUUUAAUGUUAGCAGUUUGUUGAGGUUGUUUAUAUUCAUUAACAAUUUUGUUUUAUUUUAGUCAUGUUUGUUGUCCAAUUCGUUUAAAUAAGUCAGUUAUAUUUUACUGUUUUUUAGCUCGACUAUUCGAUAAGAAUAAGUAGAGCUAUUGUCGUCACCCGAGCGUCGGCGUCCGCGUCGGCGUAGCCACUUAUGUUAAAAUUUUUGUAAUAGUUCAAAUAUUUUCAAAGUCCAUUGACAUAUGGCUUUGAAACUUUGCACACUUGUUCACCAUCAUGACCCCAACCUGUAGACAGGAGGAGGUAACUCUGUCAAGCAUUUUGACAGAAUUAUGCCCCUUUUUCAACUUAGAAUUUAUGUUAAAGUUUUUGUAAUACCUCUAAUAUUUUCAAAGUCCAUUGACAUAUGGCUUUGAAACUUUGCACACUUGUUCACCAUCAUGACCCCCACCUGUAGACAGGAGGAGGUAACUGUAUCAAGCAUUUUGACAGAAUUAUGCCCCUUUUUCGACUUAUAAUUUACGUUAAAGUUUUUGUAAUAGUUCAAAUAUUUUCAAAGUCCAUUGACAUAUGGCUUUGAAACUUUGCACACUUGUUCACCAUCAUGACACCAACCUGUAGACAGGAGGAGGUAACUGUAUCAAGCAUUUUGACAGAAUUAUGCCCCUUUUUCGACUUAGAAUUUACGUUAAAGUUUUUUGUAAUACCUCAAAUAUUUUCAAAGUCCAUUGACAUAUGGCUUUGAAACUUUGCAUACUUGUUCACCAUCAUGACACCAACCUGUAAACAGGAGUAGGUAACUCUAUCAAGCAUUAUUUUUUACUAUCAAGCACUAGAAUAGUCGAGCGUUGCUGUCCUACCGACAGCUCUUGUUUGUGUUCCUUGUUAAUUAUUUUAUGAUUUCAUAAUUUUUCAAAUAAACAGUUCUUUUCAUUAUUUGUAAACAUGUAUAUAUAUUGUUACUCUAGUCUUAAGGUAAUAUAUGUAUAAAUUGCUAUUUCUCUCCAAUUUUCAAAGGAAAAAAAAAGAUUAAUUGAUAAGAUCUUUAAAGCAUCUCUAGUGUCUUUAACCUUUGUUUUGGGGCAUGUUUCUUUUGAUUGAUGCCAACAAAUAGGUAUACAAACUUCUUUCAUUUUAGGUAUUCUGUAUCUGUUGUAAUCAGAAUAUAAACAAAGAUUCAUUGCAUUCAAAGUACUUAAAAUACAUUGCUUUAAACACUUAAAAAUCAAAUUUUGUCAUUUCCAUGCCCUUAAUUUUCAAAUUAAAACUGUUGAUAUCUCAAUAAAACAUGCAUUUUUCUUAUAUCAAAGUUGUCUUUCAACCAAUGUGCUUUUAAUGAUAAUAAUGUGAUCAAAUUUUGUCAUUGUUUAGAAUUAUUAAAAUUGAUUAUUGAAUUUA